CAAACCACGCUUUAUCCUGCCAGUCUGUCACGCUCUGCGAGCAUUCACAGGAAACACACACAGACUCCCCCAGCGCUCAAACACUCACUUAGCUCGCUCUUACUCUCUCACACACUCCUACAGGGAAACACACACAGACACCGGCUGCACUCACAAAGGACUGGAGGAUGGCUGUGUCCAUGAGAAGAAUGAAUGGGUCCUGGCGAGGGUUGACUCUAGCCCUGGUUCUCUGUGCUCUGUUCCUACACAAUGUUCAAGGAGUUGACCCCACUGAUCCCUCUGCUGCACCUGCCCCGAACUCUGUUGCAACUGAUACAUCAGUACUCAAAGAUGCAACCUCCAACCCUACAAUCAGAAAUGGAGUUGACCCCACUAAUCCCUCUGCUGCACCUGCCCCGAGCUCUGUUGCAACUGAUACAUCAGUACUCAAAGACGCAACCUCCAACCCUACAAUCAGAAACUACACGUUCACUACCGUCGCCGACGCCACAGCCUACAACACUACUGGGACCAGUGCUCCUGGAUCAGACCAGGACACUGCCUUCUCCUCCAUGGUGCCAAACAGUGACCUCUUAGCAGGAGGUGAAACUUCUGGAACCACGGCUGGACCUGGUGUAGACACACAGGGCACUGAAGCAACUGAUGCACUGGUUGUACUCAAGACACAGUUUCUUGUGAAUCCCAGUGUUGAGUGUGUGGACAAGGAGGCAGUGAAGGACAAGGAUGCAGUCAAGGUGGAGCUUUCUUCAGAAAGCAGCUGUUUGGAGACCAAGAGAAUCUUGGAGGAUUCAGCCUGGUGCACAGGGGACUGCAAACUUCAAGUGUUCCAGGAAGAGAACUCUAACACAUUGGUUUUGACACGCGCUGAUGGUGGUGUCAAAGAAUUGUCAGAGAGCCUGGUCAGUGAAGGCAUCAAGGGCCAGCUGGGUGUGGUGAAGGCAGCUUCUCAGUGGGGAACACACACUCCCAUAGUACUGGUGCCCCUGCUCAUUACUGGCCUGCUGCUGGCUGCUGCCAUCAUCGGAUGCUACUAUAUGAAGAACAACCGUGGACACAACGCCAAGGGCAUGAGGCUGGCUGAGGAGGCGUACCCAGUCGAUGAGGAGAACCACGGAAACACCCUGGUGUCUGUUGCCCCUCUCAACCCCCCUGAGAUCCUGGAGAAGCCUGCUAACGGGGACUCCCAAGAGGCCGCCAAGACCCAGCCCCCUCCCACCAACGGCCACUCCACUACCAAGACGGCAGACACAGAGCUUUGAAGACCCCUAGAACACCUGGAAAAGAAUGGAUCAGAUCCCACACCCCUCCUCCAACACCAACCUUUCCCCCCCAGAACACCCCAGAGACCCCAUCCUACCAUGGACAUUAGGGACUAGAACUACCCCUCUUAACCUUCACAUAAACACUCCUUCAGACUCUCUGUCUGCCCCACUUCGGCUACAUGCCUCAACAAUUAAAAUGGAGGGACAACCCCAUCGUAAAGUAACUCUAAGAUUACAAUGAACAGGUGUUGAUGAUAAUGUGAAUGAUGAUGAUGCCGAGGGCUGUGUCACUGUCCCUGGGUUGCUGACAUCAUACAGGGAUGGAGACAGGGCCAGGGUUAGUACUGGGUGAUGGGGAUGGAGGGUUUUAUGUUGUCAAUCACCAGUGGCUCUAAGACUGCAGCUUGGGUCACAUCAACCAUGUAGUCAUUUUCAAUGCCCAGGAGGGGCCCUGCCUUCACAUGUCAUCAGGUUAAAGCUUCCUUCCAUAAAUCCUUUAACCAUAAAUUGAAGCAUUGCAUCACUACCACUCAAAUUGGUCCUCAGUUGAUCAUAAAAAGGAGAAAAUAAAAUAACACAUUCUUGAAUCUGUUUACAAACAUAUCAGAGUGGAAGCUGAGCUAGUUUGAUUAUGUUUGUGUUAUUGUGUUCUGUGUGUGCGUGUGCGUGUAAGGAGUGUUGCUGUGUGUGUAAAAGCAGUGUGUGUUUUUGCUUGUUUUCUGGGUGUACAGGCAGAUGUGUGUUGGCAUGUGAGUGUGUGUGUCUGUGCGAGAAUGUACAUGUGUGUCACUCAAAAAUGUUAGAAUACAAUUGAUUAAAAUAAGCAGACAAGGUGAUUGCUUGGGGAGAUAGGUCCCCAGUAGUGACCUGGAGAGGGGUCUUCUUUUGGUGCUUAAUCUCACUGUAUCAAUCUGUAGGAGACGAAGCAGGAAGGAAUUCUCCCCUUCAUUACUGCAAGUUAAACCCAGAUAAGCCAAUGGCCUGACAGAAGUUAGAAAAACUAGAUCCACACAGUGUCACAAUGGUGACUGCUGAAAACCAUACCAGACUUAUGUGUAUAAGGUCUGGGACACAGUGUCGUGUAUAUAAAGAGGUCAGGUAUGCCAAUCCUUUUAAAUAAGUCAGUAUUAUUCUCUUUUUAAUACCUUUGUAACAGUAUAUAAUUAGACACUUAAUACAUACAGUAUUGUACGGAACAAUGUUAUAUAAUAUGAUGUUUCUGUUUUGUGUUUUGAUUUUUGUGUAUUCACACUUGCUUGGUUCUAAGCCAAAGAAAUCCUUUUCACCAGCUUGCCAUGCGGAGAUACUGUAUACUGUAGAGGGAGGAGGAGUGAACAUAUGGAGAAACUACUUGCUGCUUUUUGUGACAUCAAGGUAGUGUUUGGGUCUCUUUUAGUGUGUUAGCCUAGUUGCCCAAAUAUAUGUUGUUCAAAGCUUGGCAAUACUACAUUUUUGCAGAGCGGCGUUCUUAACAACCCAGCCCAAUCUAUCGUUAAAGUACACUGUAUACACAGCAGGAUGACUUCUUGUUUACAUAUCUACAAGCUGAGAGUCGUUCCGCUGGGUAUGAUGAAGUCAUAUUGCUGACUUUUUAAAUCAGGAACUAAGGGGAAUGUCACAAUUUCCAUUAUACAUAACAUUACAACACUAUGUUAUUUUAAUAAAUUCAGCAAAACAGUGAGUACUGCUGGUUAUCUAACUGGAAGAAAUUGCCGUUUUAGAGAAAUUUCAGCGCAUUAGUGUUACCUUGCUUUCAGUUCUAUUUUUCUUCAUUUUCUGUAUUUUUUUACAUUCCAGAAUGACUGUUUUAAUUCUACUAGCAUCCUAAAGUUCACGAUAAGAAUAGAUUUUGGAAAAUAAAAUACUUUUUUUUUUUUUAAAUCAUGACAAUUUCAUCUAAUUUCCUGUGUAAAGAAAAGUUAUAGCCCUCUCAACAACUUAAUUAGAUACCUCUCUUUACUUCACUCAGUCCUAUCUGCUGUGUUGGAGGGAAGAUAUACAGGCAAGGUUUUGGCUGGGGGGGAAUGUGUUAAAGCGCAACUGCAAACAAGCACACACACACACCAUGGUAUCCCAUAAGGUCACACAGCUGGUUUGCAUAAGCAGUAGUUAUGACAUCACUUCACAGUUUUGUCUUUCAGUGUUUGGGUGGGGCAAAGAAAACAUCCCUCACACAGCUGUAUCUUUGUUGAUCAGUACUGAUCAUGUUUUGUGAUAUCCAGGUGUCAGGCGGGUUAACAUUUGAUAGAGAAACGGACAAGUGUAUAAGUUGCACUCUCUUUAUAGACAAUUUGUUAGAUGAGAGUGGAAAGUAUUUCUCAGACAAUCGUGAAAUCUGCACAACCAAGCUAUAUUCAGCCCUUAUUUUUGGAUCUGACUUUCUGUCACUUCAUCUGGUAGACGGUUGGAUAGCUGCCACCAUCUCCGUAUAAUUACAAGACACCAAUGUGACCCCACAGCCCAAUCCGAAAAGAAAAUAUGAAUCCAAGGCCGUUAAUUAAAUCUGCAAUAUUAAUGUGCUCUCAGAGACAAAGAGCCACAAUGUGACCCAGAGGCUAGACUAGAGCGACGUCAUGCCUGGGAUCAGUCUAGUCCACAACAAUUCUUACUUUAAACAGAUACAGUUGAAGUCGGAAGUUUACAUACACCUUAGCCAAAUACUUCUUAUGGCUGGGGGCAGUAUUGAGUAGCUUGGAUGAAUAAGGUGCUGUCACGAACCGGCGCAAAGCCCGUAACAAAAGGGAGACAACGUGGAGAUAAGGAAUAACAAAAUAUAUUUAUUAACUAAGUACAAUAUACAAUGGUGUGUAUAAUCAGUAAUCAGUAGUAUAAGUGAGUGUUUAGCAUGCAUGAAUGUGAUGAUGCAGGGUGUUGAAAGGUGCCAAAGCAAACAACCAAAAAACCACCACGAUACACAACUAAAUCUGUAAAGGUGUCUGCAUGGAGAGAGUCUCUUCCAUGAAUGGGGAAGUGGUGUAUUUAUCCUAUGACAGUGAGCCCAGGUGUUUCCCAUGUAGCUGAUGACCCUCCCAACUCCGCCCACCGGCAUCCUAAUAAGGAAACAAGAACAAAGAGAGAAUACGGCAGACAGUGGGAGGGUCGUCACAGUGCCCAGAGUAAACUGCCUGCUACUCAUGCCCAGUUGCUAAUAUAUGCAUAUUAUUAGUAGAUUUGGAUAGAACACAUUCUGAAGUUUCUAAAACUGUUUGAAUGAAGUCUGUGAGUAUAACAGAACUCAUUUGACAGGCAAAAACCUGAGAAGAAAUCCAACCAGGAAGUGGGAAAUCUGAGGUUUGUAGGUUUUCAACUCAUUGCCUAUCAAAAAUACAGUGGGAUAUUGGUCAUAUUGCACUUCCUAAGGCUUCCACUAUAUGUCAACAGUCUUUAGAACCUUGUUUUAUGCUUCUACUGCAAAGGAGGGGGGAAUGAGGGCUCUUUGAGUCAUGGGUCUGGCAGAGUACCAUGAGCUAACCAGGGAUCGGGUUGACAACAGCCAGUGAAAGUGCAGGGCGCCAAAUUCAAACAAUAGAAAUCUCAUAAUUAAAAUUCCUCAAACAUACAAGAAUUAUAGACCAUUUUAAAGAUAAACUUGUUGUUAAUCCCACCAUAGUGUCCGAUUUCAAAAAGGCUUUACGACGAAAGCAUACCAUGCGAUUAUGUUAGGUCAGCGCCAAGUCACAGAAAAACACAGCCAUUUUUCCAGCCAAAGAGAGGAGUCACAAAAAGCAGAAAUAGAGAUAAAAUGAAUCACUAACCUUUGAUGAUCUUCAUCAGAUGACACUCAUAGGACUUCAUGUUACACAAUACAUGUAUGUUUUGUUCGAUGAAGUUCAUAUUUAUAUCCAAAAAUCUCAGUUUACAUUGGCGUGUUAUGCUCAGUAAUGUUUUUCUUCCAAAACAUCCGGUGAUUUUGCAGAGCCACAUCAAUUUACAGAAAUACUCAUCAUAAAUGUUUAUGAAAAUACAAGUGUUAUACAUGGAAUUAAAGAUAUAUUUCUCCUUAA